CAGGUAACAUUUCAUUUGUUGCAUUUCCAGCUUCCAGCACCAACUCACCAACAAAGAUUAUACCAAAAACCUUAGGACCAAUAAAUGUGAAUGUUGGACCCCAAAUGUGAUAGAAAACGGGCUAGAGAAUUUAUAGACUCUGAUUUUUCAGAAAGUAAACGAAGCAAAAAAGGAGAUAAAAAUGGAAAAGGCUUGAGACAUUUCUCUAUGAAAGUGUGUGAGAAAGUUCAGCGGAAAGGAACAACAUCAUAUAAUGAAGUAGCUGAUGAGCUGGUAUCAGAGUUCACCAAUUCAAAUAACCAUUUGGCAACUGAUUCGGCUUAUGAUCAGAAGAAUAUUAGGCGAAGAGUUUAUGAUGCUUUAAAUGUGCUAAUGGCAAUGAACAUAAUUUCAAAGGAAAAAAAAGAAAUCAAGUGGAUUGGCCUGCCUACAAACUCUGCUCAGGAAUGUCAAAAUCUGGAGAUAGAGAAGCAGAGAAGGAUAGAACGGAUAAAGCAGAAGCGAGCUCAGCUACAAGAACUUCUCCUACAGCAAAUAGCUUUCAAAAACUUGGUGCAAAGGAAUCGGCAAAAUGAACAGCAGAACCAGGGCCCUCCAGCUCUGAACUCCACCAUUCAACUGCCAUUUAUAAUCAUCAAUACAAGCAGGAAAACCAUCAUAGACUGCAGCAUCUCCAGUGACAAGUUUGAAUAUCUUUUUAAUUUUGACAACACCUUUGAGAUCCACGAUGACAUAGAAGUAUUGAAGCGGAUGGGGAUGUCAUUUGGUCUGGAGUCUGGCACAUGCUCCCUGGAGGACCUGAAACUUGCUAAAUCACUCGUGCCAAAGGCUCUGGAAGGUUACAUCACAGAUAUCUCAACAGGACCUUCUUGGCUAAAUCAGGGACUGCUUUUGAACUCUACCCAAUCAGUUUCAAAUUUUGACCUGACCAGUGGCGCCACCUUAUCCCAAUCAAGUGUAAACCAAGGGUUAUGCUUGGAUGCUGAAGUGGCCUUAGCAACUGGGCAGUUCCUUGCCCCAAACAGUCACCAGUCCAGCAGUGCGGCCUCCCACUGCUCUGAGUCCCGAGGAGAGACGCCCUGUUCGUUCAACGAUGAAGACGAUGACGAGGAUGAGGAGGAUUCCUCGUCCCCAGAAUAAACACAGGAGAAAACCCACUUUUUAUUAUUUGAUGCUCAUGUGUGUUUUUAGUGUGAGCUCUUUGUUUUUGAAAUGAUUGUUUCAGUCUUUGCCUUUGUUUGCACUGGGUGUGCAGUGAAAGCUAGAGAAGAAACACAAUAAGCAAAUGACAAGAAGGCUAAUAUGAUUGAGAAGAAAGGUACCAUAGUGUGAAUGGAAACUCGGUUGGACAGAACAAUAGGUCACAUUACAAACAAAGCAUGUUUUCUGCAGUGGUAGAGGAAAAACAAUCCCUGAAGAAUUGGCAGCAUGAAUGAAGCUUUUCUCUUCCAUGAGGUGGGAUCUUUGUGUUCCUCCACACCCAAGUAAUCCUCUUUGGAAUUGAGAUUGCUACA